UAUUAGAUAUAAGCAAGUUACACGUGCAGAAUAUUGUUAGUAUCACUAGGUACAAUCCAGAAACAUCGACACGAUGACUUUGUACGUGUUUACGAAAUUCAAAUUAAGGGAAAUAUUUUAUUUGUAUAUUUUUGUUGCAAGUAAUAUAAAUAGAGGUGGAGCGAUGGCAUCCUAUAUAUACGCUGGUGGAAUAUACGAAAGCUCAAAUCAGCAAGCGAAAUUGGCAUUUGAAGUUGUCGUCGAUUGGAUAAGUAAAUAUAAUCCUUUAACUUAUGAUACCUUAAAAAUAUUGCCAAGUGUCAUACCACAAGAACAAGUUAUUAACAGAACGUAUGGUUUUGUUUCGGGCGUUAAUGCGAAUAAGCCAAUUUCUGUAGUUUCAAAUGGAUGUUCUCUAUUAGCCAACGGAAUUGCCAUCGUGUUCAGCUUUUUGACUGAAGAUAAUGCAAAUACCAUACAAUCUCUGUGCGAUCAUAAAGAAAUUCCCAUGAUACAAAUCGUCGACAGUUCGGAGCAUAUUAACGACUGCUGUUCAAUUAGCAUGCAUCCCUCCAGAUCGGCACUCUCGAAAGCGUUUGCAGAUCUGGUCAAACUAUGGAACUGGAAAAGUUUCACUAUACUUUACGACAACGCAGAUAAUUUAUCAAAAUAUGGAGAGUUAUUAAAAAUCAACUGUAAACCAUACAGAAAUAUUGUCUUAAGACAACUAUACCGCAAUUAUAAUGGAGAUUUCAUGGACGCCUUAAAAGAGAUUCGAAAAUCUGGACAAACAAAUUUUAUUUUGGAUUUUUCCAUAGAAACCCUAGCAGAGAUUUUAGAUCAGUUGCAACGAAUUGGACUCAUGACCAGCGAUUAUAGUUACAUCGUACUACACCUUGAUUUGCAUGUCCUAAACUUGAACAAGUAUCAACAUUCAGCGGCUAACAUUACAGGUUUCCGACUUCUGAAUUUGACACAUCCCCUUCAUCAAAAGAUUAUAGACGUUAAUAAGUCAAAGCAAUAUGAAGCCUUUAAUAUGGAACACCAAAUACCAAAUGAAGUAGCUUUGUUAUUCGAUGCCGUAAAUUUAACAUCCACUGUUAUUAACGAAUAUGGUUUAUUGAAAACGAAGGCCUUAAAUUGUAAAUCUAGCACCAGCUGGGAAUACGGCAGUACCUUAUUCAAUUAUCUUAAAUUGAAAUCCUUUAACGGCUUAAGCGGUCGCGUGGAAUUUAACCAAUAUGGACAACGCACCCAAUUCGACUUGGAUAUCCUUUCAUUAACCGAAGAAGGUUUACAGAAGAUUGGAAUGUGGGACACUGCCAACGGUUUGGAAAUGCUACGUUUAAAACCUGAUUUAGAACCUACCGAAAGAAGUUUGAGGCAUGCGCAUUUCAAUGUCAUGGUUUGUUGGAUUCAACCAUAUGCCAUGUUAAAAACCACUUCGGCACCGUUGACCGGCAAUGAUCAAUUUGAAGGAUUUGCCAUAGACUUAAUACGCGAGUUGUCCAAUCUGGAGGGAUUCAAAUACACAUUUAUUCGCAAUGAAGAUGAUUUAAAUGGUAGUUACAAUUCUACAAGCGGAAAGUGGAAUGGAAUGAUUGAAGAUAUCCUAUCUGGGAGAGGCGAUUUGGCCAUAGGUGAUUUGACAAUCACUCAAGAUAGACAGAGGGCAGUCGACUUUACGGAACCAUUUAUGUCUUUAGGGGUGCAAAUAUUAUAUAGAAAACCUACAACUUCGGCUCCCGAUUUUUUUUCGUUUGCCGCUCCUUUCAAACCUGAGGUUUGGGUUAUGUUCGUUGUAACUUUCUUUGUAAUGUCAUUUAUGCUUUACAUUACUGCGAGGAUGACCCCAUCGGAGUGGGUUAAUCCAUACCCUUGCAAUGAAAAUCCACAAUAUUUGGAAAACACCUACAAUUUUCAAAAUUGUAUAUGGUUGAUAAUUGCAAACUUAAUGCAAGAAGGUGCAGAUUACGGUCCAAGGGGGCUGUCGACGAGGAUAUUAACAAGCUUUUGGUCUUUUUUUAUCCUUAUAAUGAUCUCAACGUACACUGCUAACAUGGCUGCAUUUCUAACGACGGAAAAAGAAGAAUGGGCCUUUACAAACGUGGCACAGUUAGUAAAUAAUUCGGAGAAACUGGGAAUAAAAUAUGGAGCGGCUGCAACUGGUGCUACAUUCAAAUUUUUUAAGGAGUCGGAGGACGAGAUAUACAAAAAGGCUUAUGAACAUAUGAAGAAUCACCCCGAAAAUUUGGUGAAUUACUUUGAGGACGGUGUUGAUAAGGUUGUGAAUGGGGUUGAAAAUUAUGCGUUCUUUAUGGAGUCCUCUAGCAUUAAGUAUGUUACCCAACGCCGUUGUAAUUUAACCGCGGUUGGAAAACGUUUGGACGAGAAGUAUUAUGCAAUCGCUUUGCAGAAAGGAUCGCCCUUUAGAUAUCCAUUGAGUGCGGCAGUUGUAAAACUGAAACAAUCGGGGGUGGUGGAUGAAUUGGAACGCAAAUGGUGGGAACGCGAACGAUUACCUGAACCUUGCCUCAAAAAAUCCGAUUCUGGUGCAGCUCCUCCCUUAAACUAUAAACACGUUUCUGGAAUAAUUUGGCUCACAUUUGGAGGAGUAUUGGCGUCUUGUGUGUUAGUGGUUUUGGAACUAUUAUUUAAGAUAGCUAAAUCACAUCCAAAAGAAGAAAGGUGCAAUGCUUUAAAGGAAGAAGUUAGAUUUUACUUAAAUUUUGAUAAAAAGAGAAGACCUACUAAAUAGCUUCAGUACAAACUUGAC